CUCUUUCCGUGAAUUAGCAGGUUUUUCCAAAAUUUUUGGAAGGGCGGGGCUUCAAUAACAGCUGUUCAACAUCUGGAGUAAAGAGUUGCGAACCUUACUCGACAUAACCUGUAUGACUUACUAAGAUGAGUAAACAAGGACCCCCACCAGCUGCCCCUCCUAGCUACUUGGAAGCUGUAGGUGGAGUCAACCCAUCCAGCUCCUUCACUCCUCAUCACAAUGUAACCAGCCAGCAACCUAUCAUUGUGACUACUGUAAUACCUGUUGGACCAGGAUCUACACAUACAGUGUGUCCUCACUGUCAUGCUGAAGUGGACACUGCUGUACGAACUGAACCUGGUCUCAUUGCCUGGCUCUCAGGAGGACUUCUUGUUCUUUUUGGAUGUUGGCUAGGUUGUUGCCUUAUUCCAUGCUGCAUCCCCGAGUGCAUGAAUGUUCAUCAUGCCUGUCCAAAUUGUAAAGCCUAUCUUGGUCGUUACAGCCAUUUUUAAGCCAAUGAUGUCAUCAUAGGCAACUGGUUCUUUUGCAUAUUUUAUCAACGGUUCCUUGUUUGCAACCCAUCUGUUGCAUCAUUUGCGUAAGAAAAUUGGGAAUUUCUUCUUAUUGCGUAAAGUUUUUCAAUCUAAUUGUUUUUAAACAAAACAAACUCAAAAUGUUGUACUGUUUGUACCUUACUAAAAUAUCUACGCUGCUUACACAUUAAAAUAAAACAUA